AUGGCAGGCACCAACGUCACCAACUUGAUUUCUAGCACGAUUGCCAUUCUCAAGGCUACUACAAAAAAUUACAAUAUUGUCAAAGAUGACAAGGGCCUACGGGAGGCAUUCCAUGAAGCAGGUAGAGGGCUGCUCCUUGUCGAGGAGGCUCUCCAGACUGCCAAAAUUCAACUAGACGCACGCGGCUCAGCCGAAGACCCCCAGAGUGCCAUGAGUUCACUGGAGGCCUGCAACACAAAAGCAACGUUGUCCGAGAGCAUAUUCAAGGACGUCGCUGAGGCACCCGAGACUUCGAGGUUCGAGAGUUACAAAGCGGCCGUGCAACAGCAAGGCAAAGGAAAGACGGCGGAGGUCUUGACGUUGUGGAUGAUGAAGGACGUAUGUGAGCUGGCCGAGAAUGAUACAAUUAAAGAAAUAAUGCAAAAUCAAGUUAAGGGAUUGCGUGAUGCGAUCGAUAAAUUGUUAAAGAUGGAGCCGUCCGUGCCGAAAGAGGGUUCGGGCAACACUUUUAACAGCUACGACGAUUCGCGCCAGUUCAAUGCCCCUGGUGGUACUCAGGAUAUCAAUACAGGCAGUGGCAACCAAUUCUCCAGGACUAUUUUCAGUGGGAGUGUGACUUUUGGCAGAACUUCGUGA